AUGAAGAGAAAAACUCUUCAAACUCGCAAGCUGAAAUUAUCUCUCAACAAUGCUCGUAAAGUGAGCAAAUCUCACGAGAAAACAAAAGCACAUUCUAUCCACAGGCUCUUAACAAUUUUUCAUGAGCCGGAGCCUAGUCAUGUUCAGCUUCCAGACAUUUCAACUCCUGUAAAAGUUGAGGCAUUUCGCCCUCUAGAACCGGUGUUGCAACUGACUCUUCUUGAACCAUAUAAUUUUUCUGCUGAUGAUUUAGGGGAAGCUGCUUGUCCUCAUCCAACAAAAGAGGAUGGAGAGAAUGACAUGUCCCUACUUUUGAAUGAAGAUGAAAAAAUUGUAUCUACACCUAAAAUUCCGUCGUGCCAGGAUUUUUUGGAUGUGAAACAUUCAAAUCUUGAAAUACAUUCAGAAAUCCCAGAAAAAUUCAAAGGUGCUGAUUCCUCAAAGCCAUUGCCUGAAAGCGUUAUUCGGAAAUCAAAGCGGAAAGUCACUUCAUCUAUAAAAAAACUGGGGCGGAAAGGUGGUACUAAUACGGAGCCAAAAACGAGCACUAAACAUGAGGGUGACCAGAUUUGCAAUCCAAAAACACCAAAAAGACGAGGAAGCAAACCAAUUACCAGGAAAAAUCUUCAACCGUGUGAAUUCGAAAGCUCCAAAACUGAUCAAAUAAAAAAGUUAGGAUUCAAAUCCUCCGAAGAAGGCGUUUCAAAUUCUAGAACAAGAGUUAAAGAAAUAGUAAAAGAACUUCAAGAGGAUGUACCCAAAGAACUCAUAACUCUGGGAAAAGAUGACGAUAAAAGGAGGAAACUGAAAAAACUUAUUGAAAGGAGAAGAGACCGCCUGAAGAAUCUUCAACCCAACUCUGAUUCUAAGGUUAGAACACUUCCAUGUAAAGACGCACAGCCAAAUGAGACUGCCACUUUAUACGCGCAAUUGUUAACCAAAUGUGCACCUGGUGAGGAAAACUUGAACAUAUUAGGCUGGCGAAGACGUCUUACUAAAGCACUUACUUAG